GUGACAAGUCACAUACCCUGUCGUGUUCAGAUAAUAUGAAAGAGAUUUGUGAAACUUUCUCCCCUGGAGAAUCCGAAUCUCAUGUUUCAAAGAGGAUAGUAAACGGUAUACUCAAAGCUGCAGACACUGUCUCUGAUAAAAGUGAUAUGGAUGCACAUGACUUUGAGCUGGUUCCAUCUAUCUUACCAAAUGCAUCACCCACAGAGGUGGUAAAUGAAUGGCUCAAAACCUUACCAACAGAGAGUGACCUUUAUGAUAUGGAGGAACUUAAUGAAAACAGUGAUGGAGUAAAAGAUAAUGUUGCAGCUGAGGAAGCCAAUGGAACAGAAGAUGCUGAGAAGAAUGAGUCUGAAGCUGAAAAUUUUAAAGUAAAUGGCAUGGACAAUGUCCACAAUGAUGACAGCCAAAAAAGCACAGAGUCACCAAAUGAGGAUAAAACCUAUACUCAGAGGGAAUGCGGCUCAGAAAUGUUCAACUCCUCCAUACAAGUCAUGAAGGUACUUUUAAACUCUAAACUUGACAGGUGCAACAGUUUACCAGAAAUCUCACCUGUGUAUGGGCGUAAGUUAAGUAUGUCAGCUAAAGGUCUCUUAGACUGCUUUGUGAAGCUGCGAAUAAUAGACUAUGACCCUGAGAAUGCAAAUGAAAAGAAUGAAAGAUACCAGGAGCUUAUGAGUAUUCUUCAGUCUCUUUGGCUUUCAGAUCCUCCAGAAAAGGAACAUAUACAAAGUACUACUGAUCAUCAUUCUGUUGAGGGCGAGUACAAUCACACCUCAUCAUCUGGUGUGGAUGUAAACAGUGGAUCUACUGGUUCUGGGAAGAGUAGUGAUGGAGUAAAGAGUAGUAAUGAUGUGAACGUUGAUGGAUCGCAUCCUCAGAACAGUUUGACUCUGAUAGACAAAGCACACAUUGAAACAGAUGCCCAGUCGAAACCUGAAAUAGAAGAAGUAAAACAGGAGGAGGAUGACCCAGCCACAGAUGAAACAAUAAGAACCAUUGAUGGUCCAAAAGAACUUCCUGAAACACCAUCAUCCUCAAACAAGAGUUCUGGAGAAUCCAGCGUUAAUGACAAAAAAGUCUCCAAGAGACUGUCUCAAGAUACUGAUCCGGUUUGGGUGCUGACCUUGCUGAAUAAAAUAGAAAAGCAGUUUAUGACACAUUAUAUCAGUGCAAUGAAAGAACUAAAAAAUCAAUGGAGCCUGGAAGAUACUGAUCAGCUUGACAAGAUGAUAGAUGAACUCAAAAGUGAGGUGCACAAAAAAAUUCAAAUAAGCAUUGACAGGGAAGUGAGGAAAAUCCGAGGCAGAGGAGGGUUACCAAAACCUCCUAAUGAGGCAAUAUCCAGAGGUUCAACUAAACAAACAGAAGAGCGAAGACGGAGGAUGAAGAUCAAGCAACAACAGUCGAUGGAUUCACAAGCUGAAAAAAGCGAUUCAACAACAGGGACAUCCGAUAGUGACCAACGAGGUGAAAAUAUUGAUGAAUACUGUCCGUGUGAAACAUGUGUGGAGAAAAAACUUACUUCCAGACCACCUCUCUCAGCAGAAGUCAAAAGAACUGCACCUGUUGUUAAGGACUAUGACCUGAAAAAGAUUCUGCUGAUGAAAACCACAACUGAUUGGGAAGCUCCCUGUGCAAAUGACAAUGACACAACAGUAGAAACACUUGUAGAAAAAGUUAUUGUUGGGGCCAUGAAAGAAAUAGAAUCCAAUGAAGUGUACAAAGUUAGAGACAAACCCCCUGAAUUUUCAGCAGAUGAAAAGGAAAAAGAUAAUGUCAGCCAAGAUGGCCAGGCAACUAUUAAAGAAACAGGUAAAGACUUUGCCAUAGACAAUGAAGGGGAGAUAAGCAAAGCAGGAAAUGAAAGACCAGAAAGUGAGAGUGGAGCCACAAGCACAGUUGGAGACACAGUUGAAACAGCGUCAGAGGAAGGGACUGACGAUGCAAUAACCCCAAGUGGAGAAAUUGGAUCCAAUGCAAUUAUCGAACUGGAAGAAAAAGAUACAGAUAUGUUGGGAAGAGUGUCUGUGGAUGAGGAUGAACAAGAAAUAACUGAAACCAUGUCCUCUGAGCACAGAUAUAUCACUGCUGCUACGAAGGAAUUACCUAACCACUUAAAUGAAAUGAAUGAUGAUACUGAUGCAAACACUGAAGUCCAAAGUAAAGAAGAGUCAGAGCAAGAAGGGAAAGAUGCUUUAGUGAAAGAAGUAUCAUCAACCAAAGUGAAUGCUAACCAUGGGGAAGCAAUGAAGGAUUGGUUAAAUAUGAAGAGGAAAUUGCUUCCAUCGGUGCGAAAAGUUCUUCAAGGUAAAAAGAAGAAACAAUCAAUGAUGAAUGCCAAGGUUAAUGACACAGUUAUGAUUAAUGAAAUGGUAAAGGAUCGGACAGAAGAGGAAGAAAGCGAUGCUGAAAUUGCUGUGGUACAAAAAACUACAGUCUUAAGCGAAAAUGCGUCAUCAGAAGAGGCUGAUUAUAGCGAGGCUGACAAUAACGAACCUGCAGUUGAGGUUAAUAAAACACAAACAACCGAUGUGAAAUUCAGCGAAGAAGAGGAUGAGGAGGCAGAAAUGGACGAGGAGAGCUUUUUAGAGAUGACAUCUAAUGCAACCUUGUCAGACGAUGAAAAAGCAGAAACAUCCUCAAUAGCCACAAGUGAACAUGGUUCCAAGAAUGAUAUGAUUGUAGAGCAGACUCUUGUGGCAACUUUAACUGACCAGAACUCUGACAUGGAAGAAACUGGGGAAGGUACCACCAGUGACCAUGACUCUGUGGAGGAGUCAGGUGGCACCAGUGAUGGAGAUGAAACUGAAGAUGAAAAGGAGACUACAAUUGAUGAACUAUCAAGUAUACAAGAGGAAGAAGCAACUGAAGAUGAGCUUUCUGUUAUAAGUGAAACAGAACUGAAGAAACAUCUAAUCACUGUAGUUGGAUAUGAAGACGCAGAAGAAACCAAUGAGGCAGAAUCUGAGGUUAAAACAUCUGAAAGAGAUGUUGAGAAGGGCAGCAUAGCUGAUGAGAAAAAUACCAUUUCUCCUGUGAAUUCAGAUGAUUCCCCAGAUGAGAAUGAAGCGGCUACAGCUAAGUUUUCUGAAGGACCAGAUGAAGGGGCAGAAGAUGGGAUGGUUGUUAGAAAUCAGCCUGCAGUCACAGGAGAACAUAAAAUGGUUUUGCCACCUGGAACUGAUCAAGAAUAUGAUGAAAAAGACAAGGAAGGAAGACAGGUUGAUCCAAAAGAGGAGAUGGAAGCUGCAGAUGUUCUCAAGAGUUCUUCAGUGAAAAGUGAAGAUGAAUAUGAAGAAUCAGAGACAGCUGCAAGUGAACUUAAAUCUGAGAAAGACACAGCAGAGGAAAAAGGAACAGGCACAGACGAAGAAAAGCUUUCUGCCAUCAGUGCAAAUGCGUCUGGAGAUGAAAACAGGGAUUUAUCAAUAGAAGAUGAAUCAUCAGAAGAAUACAAUAAAGGAGGAACCACUGAAAAUGAGAUCUCUACUGAUAAUGGUGAAUCAAAGAAUGAGGUUGCUAAAGAUGAAACUGCAGCAGAUGGGACAGACAUUGAAAUAAUUGAAGAAGCAGGAACAGUUGAUGGAGAAGAAACUGGCACUGCUGGUGAGAGUGAUUCUACAGAAGACAUAAAUGGCAUCACAAAUGACAAUGAAACUGCAGAGGACAUUGAUGCCAUGAGUAGUGAAUUAUCGAAUGAACAUGCUGAAAGUGAUACAAAAGCUGAGCAGACUGGGGAUGAAGCAACUGUGACAGCUACAAGUGUACAAGAAUCGGAUAAAAAUGAGGUUGUAGAAGAGGAAGAAGUGGUUGACUGGGAAGAGCAGCCUGUUAAAGUAAAAAAUAGAUAUGAUCUUGUUCUCACAAGUGAAGCUGAAGAUGAUAGUGAAGAAGAUGAGAUUAUUGCAGAUACAACUGAAAAUGAAUCUGGUAAGGAUGCAGUGGAAGAAGCCAUGAACAGGCAGGGAUCUGACUCAGGAGAUGAGACUAAUGAAGAGAAAGAAGACAAGCUUAAAGAAGAACAAAGUAUUGAAGCUACUGAUGCGGAGGAGGAAGAUACAGUUAAAAGCAAGAGUGACUCUGCAGAAGAUAAUGAUGCCUUUUCAAAUGAUGAAACAUCAGCUCCAGAAACAGAACACGAAAUCAACAAGCCCUAUGAAUCAAAGGAAAAAGAGCCAGGAGAAACAAUAGAUUGUGAAGAAUCUGAUGGUUCUGAAGAAACUGAUCCAGGAUCUCAAAUUGAAGGAAGCUCCAAAGCUCUGAGUGAAAAUGAAUCUGAGGAAGAAGGCAACAGUUCAGGAAUAGAUGAUGAAAGGUCUGCAAACAAUUUAACAGCAAGCACAGGGGAAACCACGGGUCAGGAAGACACAUCAACAGUUAAAGGUGAUGAUGAGUUGAGAGACAAGGAUUCAGAAGCCAAGUUUGAAGAUGAGAUUGCAGUUGAGACUUCACAAGAAUAUUCUGAUGAAAAUGAGCCUUUAAGUAAGGCUGAACAUGUGGUGUUGGCCAAAGAACUUAAAUCAUCAAGAAAAGUGGAAGAAAGCAUUGAAGAUUUUCAAGAAGAAAAACAAAGCAAAAAUGUUGAAACAUGUGAUGUUGACAAACUAGUAGAAGAUGAAACACCUCUUGAAGAAUCUGAAUCAAUUGAAAAUGAAAGUGAAUCUGAGUCCAAAUGUGAAGAUUGCUCUGAAGCUGCUUCUAAAGGACAUGAAGAUAAUAAAGUAACAGAUGGAUCUGAAGAAGAGAAUGAACCACAAUUUACUGAAAUGGAAGAUGACGAUAGUGACACACCCCAUGCAGGCUGUAGUGAAAGCUUAGGAGACUCAGCAGAUGGAGAAGAUGAAGCUGAGGAAGACUCGGAACCUGAAGAAGACACUAAUAAUGGACAGACAUCUUUUGCUGCAGACAAGCUGGAGAGUUUAGAUGCAACUAAGAGAGCUGCCAAGAAAACAUUAAUCCCUCUAGAUACUUUAAGAAAAGAGAGAACUGAGUCAGAGGAUGGAGCUUAUGCUGAUAUUGAAGAUUCUGAACAUGAAAUACAUGGCCAAAAAGAUGUUACAAGCCUCGAGUCAAAGAGUUUGAAAAAGGUAUAAGUUGACUGUGACAAAGAACAUCAAAAGAUUGGUUAGCAUGACUAAUAUGAUACUACAAGUUGGAAAUGAUCUGGAUUAUUUUAAUUCAUCAGAUAUUUUUAAGACAGACUGCUUACAUCUGAAAAGUGAACGGAGGAUUUACUGUAUUAAAAGUUUCAGAUAAGCAAAAACCAAAAAACUGCAUGCACUUUGUUAUACAUUUGCAUGGAAAAGAUAUCUGAAGUACUUGAAUGUAUAUGCUGUAUGUAGAAGAUUUCCAUAACUGUAUAUUGCUGUAGUGCAUGUACUCUGUUGUGGCUGGUUAUAUUCUAUUUGUAGGAUUAAACUGUGUUUGACCAUAUUUUAUCUAAAAUACCUCUAUUUUAAACAAAGUUAUAUAUUUUUCUAGUCAUAAUAAAAUUGGAUGACAGUUAAUAUUGAGUGGAAGCAUAUUUCCAAACUCAACAUAUUACAGCAGACAAAUAUAUUGCACAAGUGGCAGGGAGCAAUGCUUGUUUAUGAUAUCAUAACACAUACUUUGAUUUUGGUCUGUUCUUAGAGUAUGCAGCUGUGUCUCUCAGUCAGAAAGUACAUUAUUCUUUGUAAGCUUUUGCCGGCUGUACUGCAGAAACUGUAACAACUUCAAAAAUAAAAAAUUGUAAAAUGGUA